AUGGAGCUGAAGUCAGUUAGGAUUUAUUCUUUGCAAUUGAUAGUUCUCGGUUCAAGUACCUUAAAUAAAUAGGGGUUGUUUUAGAGACUAUUUUUGGUCUCUAAUUUGUUGUGUCAAAAAGCAAAACAAUCGUUUCGGAAGUGGCUGGAACGCACGUUGGAAAGUGAAAGCUUUGUUUUUCUAAGAAUAAACGUUUCAGUUACGAUAUUAGUCAAUUGUUGUCGUUUCUUUUAUAAGUUGUUAGGAACAUUCAGUUGGAAACCGGCGAUGUCUAAAAUAACUGGCCUUAGUACAUAUUUGUCUUGUCUCUUGUAAGCACUGCAAAUGUAUGAACAAUGGAAUUUUCUGCAUUUCUAAGUCUGGUGGUAAAAGCUUUCGCUGACUUUGAGCACAGCCCUGUCCUAAUCCUAUUGCGAAGAUAAUACUGGCAUUUUGUCAACUGUAAUAAAAAUAAAAUGAUAAAUCAACUUGCAAUCAGGUUUGAAAUUCAACCCCACAUCAACUGGCAAACAAAUGCUUUCCUCUGGCAUUUGAAACUGACGGAAGCGCUCUCAGCGGAAAAUUGUAACUUCGUUGACUAUUUAUCUAGUCAACAAUAUCUUAUGAUUCCUAGAACUGGACCCGAAAAUACAGAGUAUCUAGGUUCAAGUAGCAACGUUUUUGCUACUCUCUCCCAGAUCAAGGAUUAAGUUUCAGUGUUUAUGAGAUUUUUAAAUAGUUCCACUAGGUUGGAAAACGAAGCAACGUGCAGGUUACCUCAUAAUCUCCAGUAUUUUUCGUCCCGUCAAUCACCUUCAACACAUGCGCAAUAUUGUUUUGAUUUUCCCAGAAAUUCGGAUUAAGCUCAACCAAGCGUGGAAGAACAGAUUACAGUUCUUCGCGAUUGUGCACCGCUGAAACAAAAUCCCGAGCAUUGCGCUUGCAGUUUGCUCGAGAAGUACACGUUACACAAUGGACCAACACAAGAAAUCAAAUGCGCGUCGCAUUUUCGUCAACAUUGUGAUUGUUUUAGCAUUGUCAUACAUCAUAACAGUGACGUUUUUUGUGGUUCAUCAACACCAGUUGGCAGUCUUGCAGUCCGACAUCGUGAGGCGACUUGAAGCUCGUGUUGAAAAGUUGGAAAACAACGACUUUGCAGCUCAGAAAAAGGAAAGAGACUCUGUGGGUGAAGCCGAUCGUGUUAUGGAGGGGAAAUCUGCGCGUUUAAAAGCCAAGCUCGCCGUUCCUGAUCUUUCUCGUGGCAGAGACAAAAGACAGUUUGAGGGUUACUGCCCGUGUUUGCAAGGCCCCAAGGGAGACGCUGGACCACCAGGUCGGCGAGGCAAGAAAGGUAAAAGAGGGCACAAGGGAGACCAAGGCCCAGCUGGUCCUGAAGGUCCAAAGGGAGAACCAGGAAUUAACGGGGAGCCUGGUAUCAAGGGGACGCAAGGUGAGCAAGGGCCCAAAGGUCCCAAGGGAUUGAAUGGGAUAAAUGGUACUCAGGGCCCCGCUGGUCCUCCCGGCGCCGCUGGCGUUAAAGGGGACAGGGGAGAAGUGGGCAUUCAAGGACCUAAAGGAAACCCAGGACCACCUGGAGCUUCGAUGAGCGAGAGCAUCCAACUUGUUGGUGACGGACAGAAAAUUCAAAAUCCAACAGGGAUUCACCGCAUUUCGAACUGGGACGAGAGGCACAGAGAAGGCAGCAUCGAAUAUCACCCGAGCACCGGAUUCAUAGAAGUAAAGAGAAAAGGCUACUACUUCAUCUACAGUCAAAUGUACUAUUAUGAUGGCUCCACCGUGCUGAUGGGUCAUCAUACCUAUAUCAAUCACGACAAGGUCAUGGAAAGUGCGGGGAGUGUUAUAAGUUCCCAACGGAAGUACAACACCAAGUAUCAUGGUGGAGUUUUCUUGCUGCAGGAAAACGACACCAUAUCAGUCCACAUACCCUACACUACACGUUACUACAUGGAUAGUGAGGGCAGUUUCUUUGGGGCAUUUCUGCUCCAUCGUAUCGAUUAGAUAGAGGCAAUGGCAAAGAGGCCAUACCUCUUUUGAACUUGAAGGGAGAAUUUGUGCCCCUUCAUUGUCUAUACUCUACCAUUCUUUAGCACUUAGUCUGUUUUUGGCUUGGUAGGCAAUUUAGACCCUUGUUCAGUUCAGUCUGAGAUUGGCCUUCCAUGUCAAAAGAGUUUGAAGGAAGGAAGGAAGGAAAAUUCUCAUUUAUGGUACAGUUUCAUCAUUUACCGGAUAGCAAGAGGGUUUACAUAAAAAAACCUUUCCGUAGGUCGCUUCAAGUAAUGCUACUUUUUGGAGAUUCGUUUGAUAUUUAGGCCGAUACACACAAGGAAAUUACCCUGUAUUUGAUAUCUUUCUGCGGAAUGCAAAUUUUUCUGUUUGUAGCUGUCUGAUAGGCCACGAUGCAGAGAUAUAUUUCCGUGUUCCAGGCUUGAAGUUAAACGUGUUCUGUCCACUUGUCACGUGGUCUUGAUGCCGCCCGAUCUGUGCCUCUUGCUGGUUCCUCUUGCACGCCUCUUUCAAGCCUCUUUCAACUUGACAAGAUCUGUGUUGAACUUGUUCCCAAAGGAAAUGGGACAUUGCUUUAAUCCAGAUUACUGUCAGAGCAGUAACACGUGAUAAAAUGUUAUACAGUAGCGUAGGAGAGAGAAUACAUAACCAUCGACACACAGGUUCGAAGUGCGUGACAUAAGUUUCGCGGUAGUGCGUGAUUCGUUUACCAAUCGUGAUUCAGCCAUGACAAUGAUAUUUUGGAGACCUUUCAAAGCAUGCAGGAAAAAAUUAAGUACGCAUCAAUCGUUAAUGAGCACAAAUUUACUUUUGGAGUAACAGUAGUGAAAAUCAUCAUCGCAAUUAGUUUCUUCCUCAAACAUUCAGGAUUUCAAUUUAUGAUCGUAAAAGUUAGCAGUAAUUUUUCCAUCAAGACUGAGUUUAUUUCAUUUCAGUCACAAGACGCACGGUGAGGAACUGGCAAGUGAAACACAGAUCAGGCAAACUUCAAUUCAAUCAAGGCUUCGUUCGCAUACAAAUUGCUGGAUUUUAUUUCGUGUACUCCCAGAUGUUUUAUCACGACGGUUUACCAUAUCAAGUUAGCCAUCAAUUGUUCGUCAACUCGGAUAAAUUCAUGGAAAGCACU